AUGUCCGACUUAGGUAGAAAAGAUAUUGGUGAUAAAAUCGAAUCUAAAUUGACUCCAGAUUCUCAAAAAUCCACUCCUGAACAAUUCAAGGAUAAGGUUACUGACUCCCUUGACAGUGCUGCUGGUAAAGCUACUUCUGAAAACGACAAGUCAUUUGUCCAAAAAGCUUCUGACGCUAUUUUUGGUGAUUCCAAAUAA